AUGGCAUUUCCUUCAUGAAAACAACAAGGUUUAAAGAUUAAUGAAGACGAGAUGGUAUAAAUUAAACACAAUAGAACGUGGCUGAUUCAAUCAGAUUGAUUACAUAAAGACGGCAGCAGUAUGACAAGAAAGAUUAUUUGGUGGUUGAUUUUAGUUUUUCAAUUCUUGAUUUUAGGCAUUCUUAUAAAAGGAUUACCAUUAAAUGAAUUCAUAUCUCAUUAUGAAGGAGUAAAUUAUGACCGGGCUGAACUGAAUGAUGCUCGUCAUAGAGCUAAGAGAUCCCUGCUACAAACUAUUUCUCUAGAUCUUCACGCUUUUGGGAGAUCCUUACAGCUACGACUGCGACCAGAUUCGACAAUAUUUAGUGAAUCUCCUGUGAUAGAAACAAGUAAUGGUGUAUGGGGUUAUGAUCAAUCAAAUAUUUAUACAGGACACUUACAAGAUCAAGAAAAUUCAAAGAUCCAUGGAACACUUACAGCAGAUAAUUUUUUUGAAGGAAAAAUUCUAACACUGAAUGAAACUUUCAUUUUGGAACCAUCAUCCAGAUAUUUUAUAAAUAAACCUGACUUUCAUACUGUUAUAUACAAAGCUUCUCAUGUUAAUGUGGCCAAGUUCAGAAAUACUAAUAUUGACAAAUUACGCAAUGUAUUAAAGAACAGAUCAAGAGUUCAUAGACAUGUUCAAAAUCACUAUACAAGACAACGAAGAUCAACAGUUAAAAAUACAUGUGAAUUAUAUAUAAAGGCCGAUUAUGAUUUUUAUGAGAAGUAUGGUGGUUUUAGUACAGAUUUAGUGAUAAAUCAAAUAGUACAAUAUGUACAGACUGUGAAUAGUAUAUAUUCUGUUAUAGAUUUUGACAAAGAUGGGUCUUCUGAUAAUAUCAGAUUUGUAAUUAAAAGAAUAAAAGUUUAUACCAACAUUACAGAUUCUAAUUAUAUCAGAUAUAUAGGAAACUUUGAUGUCGCUAAAUUUCUUGAGAUACACUCUGAAGAAAAUUAUGACCAGUUUUGUUUAUCUUAUAUUUUAACACAUCGUGAUUUUGGAGAUGGCGUUCUGGGUUUGGCAUGGACGGCUUCUUUGGAUGAAAAUACCGCUGGAGGAGUAUGUGAGAAAUACCUGGAAAUCAAUGGUGUAUAUAGAAGUUUAAAUACAGGAUUUGUAACAACAUUAAAUUAUGGACAGACUGUACCUAACAUUGUUUGUCAUUUAACUCUGGCUCAUGAAAUUGGUCAUAAUAUGGGAUCGGAGCAUGAUCCUGAAAAUAUAACAUGUACACCUGGCGGCAGUAGUGGUAAUUAUCUAAUGUAUCCUAAAGCUACAACAGGAGAAGAGAAUAAUAAUUUAAAGUUUUCACCGUGUAGUAUAUCACAGAUGGGACCUAUAAUACAAACUAGGGGUAGUAGUUCUGUUGGCUGUUUUAAAGAUUCUAGUCAAUCUAACUGUGGUAAUAAAGUAGUAGAACCUGGUGAAGAAUGUGAUUGUGGUUGGGAAGAUGAAUGUGCAGAAACAUGCUGUAAUCCUCAAUAUAGUAAUAAUAAUAUACCCGCCACGCCUUGUACACUUAAACCAAAUGCAACUUGUAGUCCCAGUCAAGGUUCUUGCUGUAGUUCUUCCUGUCAGCUAAUUACUUUAUCAGAUAACUAUGUUUGUCAACAAAAUACAUCCUGUCAGAUGAAAUCAGUUCUUAACCAAACUGGAUGA